GUAAUUUACAGUAUCACUUUCAGUUUUGAGAUUUACUAAAAAGUUCCUCGUUUUAGGGGAUUGUAUCACUUCGAGGAUUUUUACUUAGACUCCGUUUGAGGGAUCACCGGGAUCAGAUCAUACUAGUGCAGAUGAUCAUGUUGAUGGCGAUCCUGCUAGCGGAAAGUGCUUACUUUGUCUAUGCGCUUCCUGUGGAUUGUAGUCGAUGACGUCAGGGUGGCGCGCAACACGGAAGUUUUGUUUCUGUGAACGGCAAGGGGCAGGGAGCUGCUACUGGAGGCCUCUGGCCUCGUCCUCUUAGGCGGUUCCCUCUCCCUGCACCAUAUCCGAGGGCUAGCAAGUGACUGCGGAGAGUGGUCUAAAUUUCACCCCUGAACAUAGACUAAAAAACGCCAUGCACUACUGAAUCUUUCACAAGGGGAAGAACGCCAGAAUGGCCCUGAAGCGUUUUGAGACUAGUAGUUGAAUCGGCGGGUACAACUACCAGCACCCACGAGCCCUUUAGGUCUUCUCUCGGAUAAGUAAUCGUCCUCGCGGUCUUGUAUAUUUUUCCCUUCACGACUAUUUCUUUUGUUUGCAAAAUACCAAGUACAUCCUUUCGAGUUUAUUUCGUGACAAUGAAUUAGAUCUUCAAUCAAUCAAGUUAAUCCCUGUGUUUCCAAGAAUUUUGCUUAUUUGAGCUUAGUACUAGUAGGCGAACGUCUGUGUUCACAGGUCCUCUUAGCAAUUAGAAACAAGAACAACAGCUUGUAUCACUUUCGGUCUUACUAACAUUUAUCUGAUACAGUUGAAGCCACUGAUCAUUGUCGUUCCAUUGUUGGUUGGCCCUGUUCUCACUUUACGACACGCAUGAAAGUUUCAAAGUCAAUGAUAACUAUCCUAGCGAACUAUCCUUUCUCCUUAUAUAUUUCCAUUAUUUGGCAAUAUCACCUGCUUUUACGUCUUCAUGACAUGAUCUUUGAUCUAGGUGCUCUUAGUUUGUGUUUCGCUGCGAGUAGAAGUCAAGGGCGUUUCGUGUUUUUUUGGAAGUUCGGAUUAAUAUCCAUCAUGAAGAACAUUAUAUAUUUAAAUCUCGGAGGGUCGACGAACCAUCUAGCUUAUAGUCACAUCUCGACUAGCAUUAGCGCCGGUCCAUAAAUUUACUUGGACAACCCUUUCGAGAACAGUUGUCAUAACUAUAUAAAGGGGAUGGUGAAACAGGCUGUGAUCAUGACGUCACAGAAUCAUCAUGUCCAUUUCAUCUGUCAUCUUUCGUUGUCAUACAUGUUUCGUGGAUGUCACACACUCUCAACUUCAACAAGUGUCAUACGCGAGUAGUUUAUUGUCAUCGUCACUCUCCAGACAAUGAGGUGUGAAGCAGACCCAAUUGAGCCUUGCUGCUCUCCUGCUCAUGGUGUUGAAGUGUUUGCGUUCAUUCCGACGCAAAAUAAUGACCCUCAACAAACUGAAUGUAAUGUGGAUCUCAACACAGAGAAGGAAAGAACAUGAUUGGACCAACGGAAAGAGUACUGUUGGUAGCCCCGGCUAAGUCGCAGACCCUAAGGCCCUCCUUCGCGGAAAGGCAUCCUGCGAAACGAGAAACCGCAGUCGACACCGAGCUCACUUCGAUGUAGAUGCAGGACGCGAGUAUGCGAGCAUGAUCUGCGUCCAGCCGCUGCAUUAGCUAUAAUCAAAAGUUUCUCUCCGUAGUUUUGUACUGGAAGAUGGGCUCCCAGGUUUUUAUUCGUUUGGUACUCAGGACAGCAAUAUGAAUGAAUGGAUGUUGAUGUUAUGGAUAUGACUUCACUGCUCCAGCAUCCUGACUACACAAGAAGGGCACGAAUCUACUGGCGACGAGCUACAGCUUGGUCUCAGCAUGCGCUGUAUGCCGUACUAUAACGCGCGUUGCUGUUCCUUGUUGUCGACAUCCUCUCCGGUCUUGGGGCAUAAUUAAGACGUCAAGAAACUGGAUUCAAAACAGCCUGACCGGAAGAUUAGGCAACCAGAUUUCGGGUCGUGUAAUAAACAGGCGUGAAGAGAAGCAGGAAAGAGUAAAGUGUUUUCCCAUUCAUUGAGAGUAGUUGAGACUACUAGGUACUUAGUCACAUCAUUUACAACUUCCUCCAAUUUUUUGCUCGGUGAUAC